UGAAAGUCUACGAAAAUGAAGUUCCUGCAAUUGCUGCUGAGCCUCUGCCUGGCAUUCCUGCUCUGCACACUGCCGCUCAUCAAGGCCCAGAACAAUGGAGUGCCACCAAUUCCCACUGCGGCUCCAACACCACCAAACGGCGAGAAUGGCGCUCCUAACGGUCCACCUGGCCCACCUGCGGCGCCAACAACAGUGGAAACUCCUGAAGUCAGCACCGUAUUUCCAAACUAUGCCGGAUAAGUGAAUCGAAAGGAAUGAAUUCUGAUUCACAUACAAGUUUCAACUUGAAAAUGAAUUCUAUUGCAUUAUUCCUUCAUUUCUUGGUUUAAUUCGAGUUCGCAGUAUGUGUAAAGAAUUUAAUAAAUAAAUUUGCAAAAAGA